AUGUCAGCAACCGACAACGAGGACUGGGGCGCCGUAGCCCCCGUCUACGUGCAAGUCGAACGCCUCACCACCCCGCCCUCUCAAUCACUUCUAAAUCGCGUCUCCGCAAUCCUCCCCCUCAAUUCCCCUAACGCCACGGCCUUCGACAACGGCUGCGGCACCGGCGUUCUGACCACCGUCCUGAAACAGCAGAGUCCAAAUAUCCCGCUCCUCGCCACCGAUGCCUCGGAGGGCAUGGUUGACGUCCUGAAGCGCCGAGUUGAAGCUCAGAAACUGGAAGACGUCACCGCACGAGUCGUCGAUGGCCGGAACCUCCAAGGCAUCAAAGACGGCAGCUUCACGCACACCUUUUCCACCUUCAUGGUCUGCCUGGCUCCAGAACCCGACAAGAUCGUCGCCGAGAUGCACCGCGUCACGAAACAAGGCGGCGUGCUCGGUCUGGCUGUGUGGGCCGAUCCGCGCUUCGGUCCCCUUUCCUCGCCGUGGGAGAAGGCGUGCCGAAGGUUCAUUUCGGACUACGAGCCUCCCAUGGUCAUGCCCGCUGAAUGGACGCUUGCUGAGAAUGUCAAAGCGGGACUUGAGAAAGCGGGGUUCGGGGACGUGGACGUCUGGGUGGAAAAUGUGGCUUGGCGAUGGGCCAGUGUCGAAGCGUUGUCGGAGUACUUUUUCGAGGGAGGCAACCCGGGGAACGUGAAGGUGCUCGACUCGUUCAAGGCGCUCGGCGGUAAGGUGGAUGAGGCUAGGCCGAUCUUUGAGAGCAUGAUUAAGGAGGAGUGUGGGAAGGAAGAUGGAUCCGUUGAGCUUCGUGUUCCGGCAACCCUUGCUACGGCGCGAAAGUAA